AUGCAUUUCAUUGGUCCAUACCAGAUUAUGCAGAAGAUAUGUGAAGUGGCCUAUCAGAUUGCUUUUCCACCGUCACUUUAUAAUCUCUAUGAUGUGUUUUAUGUGUCUCAGUUAAGGAGAUACAUUUCGGGUCCACCACAUGUGAUCCAAGUGGAUGAUGUACAAAUGAGAGAUAACUUGAUUGUUGCGGCAUCACCCAUGCAGAUAGAGGAUUCAGAAGUGAAUCAGUUACGUGGUAAAGAGAUUAUCUCGGUGAAGGUAGCUUGGGGAGGACCAACUGAUGGGAUUGUGACUAGGAAGCUUGAGAGCCAGAUGUAG